AUGAAGAAUUGGCGAGAAACGCUGGAUGAUAGAGAAGCUGUUAAGUGUCUGAUUAAUGGACCUGGAAGCAGUAAUAUGCGCCAGGAUAAAAACUGUAGCAUACGAUCGCUAUGCAUGCAUGAUAUGGAUACUGUGAAAACAAUUUGCCUCGAAUCUUUUCCCAUACAGUAUCCGGACUGCUGGUUUGAAGAAGUACUAAAUGGUAAAUUGAUUAGUUUUGGAAUCACCUAUGAAGGUGCACUUGCUGCUAUUCUUGUCGCUGAGCUCAAAAUCUUGUCUCAGUGCAAUGCUGAGGACCGUGAUCUUUUAUCGGGUAACUGUUUACCAGUGGUGUAUAUAUUAAGCGUAGCUGUACGCCCACCUUAUCGCCGACGUGGUUUCGCUUCACGUCUGCUUGAUCAUCUUAUGUUUAUGGUAGUGCAGCGGCCACCAUAUCCAAAAGCUGUUUAUUUACAUGUAUUAGCAACAAAUUAUGGUGCCAUAAAUUUCUACAAAAAACGUGGUUUUUGCCAUCACACUACACUCUUGAACUACUACCGCAUUAAUGAUACAUUCGGUGAUGGCCUAACAUUUGUGCUUUAUGCCAAUGGCGCAUGCGCACCAUGGUCCGUUUAUGAACUCUGUUCAUUAUUUUCUACAGUUCUUUGCUUCCCACUAAGGAUUAUUCUCAAAAUGAAGUACAUCUUGCGUCUGUAA